UUUCAUAAGAAGACUGUAGAUAUGAUUAAUCAUAUUAAUUGCUGGCUGCAUUUCAUACUCAAUCACUCUCCAGGCUUAUUAAAAUACCUAAAUGUAGCUGAGCUAUCAUUAACAGAAUUAGUUCCAGCUGUGUUUUUUUCUGCUGUAGCAGAAGUCAAAAUGACUGCUGUGACAAAGACAAAGGCGGUAGGUUACAUAGCUUGCCUUAACGUUCACUGAUCAUUUACAGUUUAACCCUACAGCCCUGCUGCAGGAUGAGUGGAGCUCGGAUCCACUUUAAUCUUUCACGUACAGAAACAUUCAGAAUAUGUUUUCUUCCUGGUUCCUUCACUGAAACCACCUUAUGGAGAGUUGAGUAAAUCUUGAAAAGGCCACCUGAUGGCGGCAGAGGUCUUUUGAGAAGGUAGCUUAAAACCUUCAGGUAGAACUUUGUUUAAUUCCUUUAGACUGCAUCCUUUGGUCAAUGUGGUGUAGGCAACUAGUUGAUUCUUAUGAAAAGCACCAACAGGGUUUGAGUCAUUAGUCAUAUGUAUGAAAUGAAGGACUCUUGGCAUUCACAUAUGCUGAAAAAGAAGUUGUCUGUUUUUGUGAGGCAGCCUCCUAAAACUAUCUGUAACACUAGAUGUGUUUCUGAGGCUCAUUUGUUAGAAAACCUUCCAAUUAGAGCUGCCUUCUGUCUGGCAGCCUGUCAGCUACACGGGCGCUAAAUUAAGAAGACGUGUCACAGUUCAGGUAAGUCACUUAUCUUAUCUCCAGCAGUCGCACCAGUCAACAUCUUUGUUUACGUCAAGCAGCUAAUUUUGAUUGCAGUUAAAGUCUGAACAAUGAAUUCUAACUCCAUGAAGAUGCUUGUUGUAUGACUGCUAAUGGAAAUUAACAAUAUAAAACUGUGAUUAAAUUGUAUGAAAUACUGUAUAUUUUGUAAAACGGAACAGAAAUAUUGCAUCACAGUGAUUAGUGAAGUUAAAGGUAUAAUGAGAAAGAGACGGCUUUCAACCCAAAGUAAAUAACAAAUUCUAAAUAAUAAGAACUAAAUGUAAAAUGUUCGUGUUGUUGGCACUGUCACGUUUCAGUACCAUGGACAGCAGUCUGAAUACCCUCAGAAAGCUUCCUCUGUAAAACAUCCAGUACUGUUUCCAUUUGAAGGCAGGCUUUACGGGGUGAUGUCCUCAACAAUGUAUGUAAUGUAUAUAAUGUGAUUAAUUUGAAUCAUCUUUAAUUAAAAUGCGUUGUAGUGUUUUAAACCCGAUUUGUACCUACUGCAUUUAAAACUGGAUUGGGUUACUGUGGACUAUAGGUCACCAAAAUAACUGGGGGGGGGGGUAGGAUUGGUUGCAGCAAAGGUGCCCACUUGAAUGCCCCACCACGAGAUACCAACAUGAUAAAGUGACCUCUUGGAUGCUCUUCCUGUGAAGAAAAAGCAUUGAAGUUUAGGAAAAGAUUUUAGAAGUAUUUCACCAUAAAUGUAUAGCAUAUUUCUGCAUGCUUGUACCCUUUCUGAGCCCCUCGGAUGGCCUGAGUCCGCCACUGCUCCUUCCUCAUGACUCUGUUUGAAAGUUUUAAAUGUAAAAACUUAAGAUCGGAGUCAUGUUCCUUCAUGCGUGAUUUGGAUCGCAGAAUGAGACAGUAAUCCUGUAUGCGAAGUAGACUCCCUCAGUAUUACCACCAUAUACGGCCAGCGUUUGCAGAUUAAACGCGAUGCUUUAAUCGCGGAGCAAGCGGGGACCUGCGCAAGAUCAUAAAUCAGGCCUGAAAUGUAACCUGGCAAAGUAAAGGUUCCAUCCAGUGCCAAUAAGAUAUUAUGAUAUUGGAAAGCUUUCCCGGAGAGGCUGUGCGUCAUGCCACUCUCUAUUAGGUGCUAUUUUCGUCCUGCCCUGGAAGACAUUCAUCCACCAUCUACCCACCCUGACAGCACCCAAUAAACCCACCACUCCCAUUCAUCUCCACCACUCCACCCACCUCCACCCUCUCUCCCCGUCCCUCGCUCUUUCCCUCUCCCUCCCUCUCCCUCUCUCUCUCUCUCUCCCUCUGUCUCUCCCUCUUUCCGGCGAACAUUGGUUAUUUAAAAAAAACAACAUAGGAGAAUUGUUUGUUCAUCCAAGAGGAUUAGUUUGUGGUACCUGAACCCAACAAAACCGCUUUUCACACUUUCUUAAAUUAUUUUUGUUGGAGGCCCCGCUCUGUUUAGACCUGUUUCUUCAAAGGAAAGUUUUCUCCAUGAAAUUCCAGUCCUCCGCGCGCAAUAGCCCUUGAUCUCGGCGGGAGGAAGCGGACCAAAGGAAGAUGACCAUCCACGCCGAGGGUCUCGUGGCUAUCGUUAUCUUCUACGUCCUGAUUUUAUUUGUGGGGAUCUGGGCCGCGUGGAAGAACAAGAACUCCGGUGUUGGCGAUGGCACAGACCGGAGCGAAAGCAUCAUGGUCGGUGGAAGGGACAUCGGGCUGUUCGUAGGCGGUUUCACCAUGACCGGUGAGUUGGUUAACUACAUGACGUGUUUGAAUUCUUGUUUGUUGCUAAGUGUUCAACACGGCUCACAUAUGGGUAUAAUAUGUCAGCGGAAUACAAAAAAUUUCACCCACCAUGUCUUUUACGCACGGACAGCACUACGGUCACUGGUAAAACUCACUGGUAUCAACAUGCCAUUCAUUGCGUUUCUGAGCACUUAAAGAUGCAAUAACUGAUAGUUAGUCUGAAAUACGUGCUGCUGGUUCAGUCCGUCAGAAGAAGUCCGAUGACUAUUAAACACAGUUAGUUUUCCCAGCAACAAACGGAUUCUGUUUGAUCUUUGCUGAAUUAUGAUCAAAACUGCAAACUAAUUUCUUUCCAUCCCCAACGGACAAACAUUACCUGUAGGAUUCUUGUUAUUAGAAUAAAAGUGUGCAACAUUUUAGAUGCCAAUGUGGCUUUUCAUAUAUUAUUUGGGUUUUUUUUAAACAAAAUUAACAUUUUUCUUGUUUUCAGCUACUUGGGUGGGUGGGGGCUACAUCAACGGGACAGCAGAGUAUGUCUACCUGCCGGACUACGGCUUGGCUUGGGCGCAGGCUCCCUUUGGUUACGCACUCAGCCUGGUAGUGGGUAAGAACCAGUACCUCUGCAGUCCCGAAUCAUCCUGUAAAAAGUGUGCGUGAAGUGUGAGUGAGUUAGUGCAAACUAACAGUGGUGAUGUACUUCUAAAAGAACCAUACAAUUUAGCAUAUUUUCGACCAUUUUCUGCAAAUCUCUUGAAUGUGUUUUACCUCAAGGCAGCCGUUAAUUUCUGAUCAUUGAACAGCACUAUGACAGUAACGUCAGUCAUCUAUAUCAUCAUGUUUGCUCAUAUUAUUUGGCGUUCUACAUCGUUGUUGUGUGGUGAUGAUGCAGGAGAGACUUUUCAACUCAGUCUGCAUGUAACCAUAACUUUGACAAUAAACUGACACUUUUUGCAUCGCAUUUAUCAGCUGAAACCAAAGUCAAGUGUCUGCAGUUUUGAAUAUUACAGUAAAAUAACUACUGUACUGCCCUAUGGUGAUUCGGCACUUAGUAGUCUUGCAAAAAAAACAUGCAAAACCACUCCUAUGGCUCUCUAAUACAGUAUAUUACACAUCUAAAGUGCUUCACCCAGAGAUAAAGAAGAAGUACUACCAGGUCACUAUGUACGACAUUCAUAUGCUCCAAUGUACAAUUUCAUUGAUUCAGGGAUUGUAAAUUUUUUCAUACAGUGGCCCCCUGUCUGUCUGCCUUCCAUUAAUGUCUCAUUUCAUUCAGGUGGCCUUUUCUUUGCCAAGCCCAUGCGUUCUCGCGGAUACGUCACCAUGCUGGAUCCCUUCCAGCAGCUGUAUGGAGAAAGGAUGGGCGGUCUGCUCUUCAUCCCCGCACUCAUGGGGGAAAUCUUCUGGUCUGCAGCCAUUUUGUCUGCACUGGGUGCCACUCUGAGUGUGAUCGUGGACAUAAACAUCAGUAUGUCGGUGGUGAUCUCAGCCCUGAUCGCCAUCUUCUACACACUUGUUGGAGGACUCUACUCUGUGGCAUACACAGAUGUGGUCCAGCUCUUCUGUAUCUUUUUGGGCUUGUGGAUCAGCGUGCCUUUCGCCCUGUCCAAUCCUGCUGUGUCGGACAUCAUUGUUUCAGCCAAGGAAGCAAUCUACCAGUCACCCUGGCUGGGGAAGAUUGAGCCUGAAGACAAAUGGCUCUGGGCGGACAACUUCUGUUUGCUGAUGUUGGGGGGUAUUCCCUGGCAGGUCUAUUUUCAACGGGUUCUUUCUGCCUCUUCAGCUACCUAUGCCCAGGUCCUUUCCUUCCUCGCCGCCUUCGGCUGCCUGGUCAUGGCCGUCCCCUCUGUCCUCAUAGGAGCUAUAGGGGCCUCCACUGACUGGAACCAGACUACUUAUGGGUCCCUCCCUCCGAAGGAUAAGGAUCAGUCAGAUAUGAUCCUUCCCAUUGUGCUCCAGCACCUUUGCCCACCCUACAUUUCCUUCUUUGGUCUGGGGGCGGUGUCGGCUGCGGUCAUGUCUUCAGCAGACUCUUCCAUUCUCUCAGCCAGCUCCAUGUUUGCCAGGAAUAUCUAUCAGCUCGCCUUUCGGCAAUCGGCCUCAGAUACUGAGAUUGUUUGGGUGAUGCGCAUCACCAUCUUUGUAUUUGGAGCUCUUGCCACUGCUAUGGCCUUGUUAACAGGAUCAGUGUAUGGCCUAUGGUACCUGAGCUCUGACUUGGUCUACGUCAUCAUCUUUCCCCAGCUUCUUAGCGUGUUAUUCGUCAAGGGCACCAAUACUUACGGGUCUGUGGCUGCAUAUAUAGUUGGUCUUCUGCUGCGCAUUGGUGGAGGGGAGCCCUACCUCAAACUUCCUCCCUUCAUCUACUACCCCGGUUGGGUCGUCCAGGAGAAAAUCCACCACCUCACAGGGGAAGUGGAGCACUUUGUCCAGCAGAGGUUUCCGUUCAAGUCCAUGUCCAUGGUGGCAUCCUUCUUGGCUAAUGUGGUCUUUUCAUACCUGACAAAGUACCUAUUCGAAAGUGGUAUGUUGUCACACAAAUACGACUUCAUGGAUGCCGUGGUGUCCAAGCAUAGCAAGGAGAUCAUGGAUAAAGCCACGCUGGUGAGCAACCAUGAUAGUAUCAUUCUUUCAGAGAUGGCGCCCGUCAACCAGAGCCUGGGGGCAUCUCUCGCUGGGACAUUCACCAACACUGAGGUCCUGAGUGAUGAUGGGUCAUCUAGUCCAGAAGCUUUUCACAAUGAAAAAUAGGCAACAAAGGCACAAAGAAAAGUAAUACCAAGGAAUUUGAAGAAGAAGGAAUUAUCAAAGAGGCAUCGACAUUCUUCAGGGAACUUGCUACUGCCACACUGGAGGCCAAAUCAACAGAAAUUUGCUGUGAAUUUGCUUCCAAGUGACUCCACAAGUUUGUUUUAUGCUGAUGACGUGGUGCCUCCUUCUUUCUUAAGAUCCCUUGCAUAGAACUGUUGACUAUCAAUCCGCUGUAUCAAGCAUACCAUACUCAUUCUUGUGUCUUUUUUUAUCAUGACUCUGUAAAUCUACAACCACUACUACCAGUUUAAUUUAUGUGCUGCUACAGUAAUCAGAGGGACUCCAGUGGAUAUACAGUAUGUGACAACAUCAACAAGGGUUUGCUAUGGGUAAUGAGAAUAGUGCAAUAUCUAACCAAGGCACUGUGUCCACAUCUACAUAGCAGUGUGUGUGUGUGUGUGUGUGUGUGUGUGUGUUGAUGUACAUGCACAUGUGUACAUCUGACAACAAAGCAGCAUCAAGUGAAUGCCGCAGAAACUUUUCAGACUUUAAGUUUUACAUUUGCGUAGAAUAAAUUUAUUAAUAGAGCAAUAACAUUUUUAGGAUCUUUGUUGUGUAGCAAGAUACACUGUACUGAAAUCAUUGUUUUUAACAUGUGCAUCGAUUGAUGAAAUUGAUAAUUGUUUUUUUAAUUUUAUUUAUUGAGCUUAUUUUGUGUUUUCUGUUAGCCUUGCUACCUUGCUCUUAAUCCUCCUGUCAUACUUGCUAAUUCACACAUAAAGAGCCGCGUUAAGAACCACGUACCCCCAUAAUUUCACCAAACCGUUGACUCGCCAAACAGUAGGUCAAUUUUGGAUGAUUCUGCAAGACCCCAGGUUACAUUUUUUUAAGACUCACUGCCAAUAAUUAAAUUCAUUAUUCCUACAAUAUCCCUGUGCUGGAAUGGAAUUACAAUAUGGCCAAGGUACAAACUGAUAAAUGUAAGACCCAACACUCACUCUCCUUUUAGCUCUGUUUUAUUCUCCACCAACUCCUGAGGGAAAUAUCUGUCUCUUUAGCCCUUCAUCACAAUGGUAUAUAGUGAUCAGAGCUUUUUUCUCUUAACAGAAGCUGGAGACAUGGUUAAUUAAUGAGAGCAGUGAGGGAAAACAAAAGUUAAAAAGUUGUGGCUCAGAAAAUCAAGACAACAAGCUGAAAGGCACUAAAACACUCCACAGAGCUGAGGUCAUUAGACAUUCAAUCC